AUGGAGAAUCGAACCACUCUGUCUUUCUUUCUGCUCCUGAGAUUCUCAGAAAGUCAGCAACUGCAACUGCUACAUUUCUUCCUGUUCUUUAUAUUAUACCUGGCAAUUACAACAGCAAAUCUUCUCAUCAUCUGUGCAGUAGCUUUUGACCGGCACCUGCACAGACCCAUGUACUUCUUUCUAAUGCAUUUGGCUGUGCAAGACCUGGGCAUUGUUUCAGUCAUUGUCCCCAAAUCCAUGAUUAAUUCCCUCAUAGACACGAGACGCAUCUCUUACUUUGGCUGUGUUGCUCAAGUCUUUCUCUUUAUGUCCUUCGAAGUUUCUGAUUUGUGCCUCUUGACAGUCAUGGCCUAUGAUCGGUAUGUUGCCAUUUGCAAUCCACUGCACUAUGAGAUGGUGAUGAAUUGGAAAGCCUGCACUGAAAUCAUGAUUCUGGUUUGGGUCACCAGCCUUCUCUAUGGAAUGUUGCAUACCACUGGCACUUUUUCAACCCGUUUGUGUUCUAAUGUUGUGAACCAAUUCUUCUGUGAAAUCCCACAAUUGCUAAAGCUGUCCUGCUCUGGCUUCAAUCUAGUUGAAGCUGUAGUUCUUGUGGCCAGUGUCACUGCAGGACUAGGUUGUUUUACUUUUGUUAUUGUAUCUUAUGCCAUGAUCUUCAAGGCAGUGCUAGGAAUCCCUUCUGAACAAGGAAGGCAAAAAGCCUUAUCAACCUGUAUCCCCCACCUUAUAGUAGUGUCUAUGUUUUUAUUAACUGGAUCCUUUGCCUAUCUGAGACCUCCCUCUAACACACCAUCUUACUUGGAUUUUGGGCUGACUGUUCUGUAUUCCCUUCUUCCUCCCCUGUUCAAUCCAAUCGUCUAUAGCAUGAGAAAUAAGAAUAUCAAAUUUGUCCUUUCUAAAUUGUGGAGAUUCUGA